CACCAGGAAGCCCUUGAAGAUUCCCCCAGCCCCUCCGAAGGAUUAAUAAUAGAGAAGACAGAUUUUGCUGCUGACUCCUUGGAGUGGUGCGAACAAAGCACAGAGGGAUGCGACUCAUGCUAUGAGGUUUUUGAAUCCUCGAGGCACACCAGCGCUCUGUCAGAACUGAAUGGAGACGGAGAAAACUCUCGGGAGGCUCUGUUGGGAUCAGAGGACGCCUCCUUUGGCUGGAAAGUAACCGAGGGCGGCUUCUGUUCAGCGCUCACAAAGACCCGAAGGAGGGAGUCUGUGUCAGCCAAGGAUGGCCCCAGAGAAACAAAAGAGGCUUAUGCUGGCCAGUGCAGCGGUGGCCGGAGGAAAAGUCCCGAGAGCUACGCGGACCCCGGCGCUUCCCUGAAACUCUGUACCAGAGAUUCAUGCCCAGCUGAAAUCCCGGCGUGUGCAUGGAACCCGAAAACCGACUUUCGCCAACAGCCGUCGAGUUCACCGGGGGCGUUGAACCAAACUCAGGUCGAGAGCCGCACGGAGCCGUGCAAUGUUCCCAAAAGCCGACACGACACAAACACCUUUGAGGCGAAGGUAAAGGCUCCCGCAGACACUCGAGCACUGAAGGGGCACGUGCAACUCGGCGAACCCGCAGUCUCAGAAACUUGCGUCGUACAUAUCGACGGCCCGGUUGUGGGAACACGCCCACAACAAUGCGCACAUAAACACAACACAUGGCCCCUGACAAAAAGUACAGAUACAGAAAGCCAAAAGACAAAACGUGAAGGAACAUUCGAAAGCUACGAUGCCCUUGACGGAGAUGUACACACCCGUGAGCUGCUUAGCACUCGCUCUGAAAAGAGAGACGCAGUUUUAAAAAGCUGCGACAGUUUCUGUGGGGCGACACGUGAAAAACAUUCGGAGGCUUUAGCCAAGGAUGAAGAGGACUCCAACGAGAAUUUAAGCACGUCCUAUAGAACAGGUCACAGAGUGGAGAGUAAAUGUAAGGCUAGCGCACAUAUAGAUGUUCCAGACCUCACAGAUGCAGUAAAAUGUAACACAAAUGUAGAAUACACAGACUAUGGAUUGACUGCAAAGAACACAAAGCCAGAGUUCAGAGCCACAUCCGAGGCGGUGGCCAGCGCACUGGCGCAGGAGGUGGAUUGUUACCGCUCACAAUCCGAGCGUAAAGAAAGCAGUGACAGAGGAUUACCGGCGGUCCCACCAGCCAUAGGAAGUUCUGAGGAAAAGGCAUGCGUGCGAGACGUCUGCUUCCAGAAGAACGGACCUACCGCAACAGAAGAAACCAAAUCACCUUGGCUACUGAACGAAAUCUGCAAUCUCAGUGAAGGCCAGACAUGGGUAGGAUUGCCCUGCUCCCCUCCACAGCCUAAAGAGGAAUGGAAGAGGGAGGAUGGUCGUGUUUAUCCUGACCAGGAGAAAGCUGUGGACACAGGGCCACAGUGGGACCACUCAGACGAUGAGGUUUUUGUCAAAGAUGAUGUCCCAUACCUGUCCGGCCACCCGGCGCCAUAUCCUGUGUGCAACGGGAUUAAACAAGAGGACAGUGGCUCCGUCUCCUCAUCUCCCAAAACUUAUCACGUCCGUCAGAUCGUAAACCAUGGAGAAAGUUGUGAGUGUGAGGGAGACCUGAGCUCAGACAACCUCUUGAGGCAAAUGCAGUCAUCUGAUGUUCAGAGUUACAAAAGAAGCAAAAGCAAUGACAGUUUGAACAUCUGCAUGCGCUUCGCACAGGUUACACAGAAUGAGGGACGAUGUGCCGGCCUCUCCGGAGUGAGAGAGCAGACGGAGGUGAAGAACAAGCAGAAAGCCUCUGGGUUUCGUGGCGGGAGACAUUGCUACCGGGCGGAUUUGGACCCUGACGAAUUUUACCAGCAGCGAAGACACAAGUGUUUGGACGACCUCUGGAUCGAGCAGCAAAAGAAAUAUAAGAGCAAACUGGCCGGAGGCACCAGAGGCAGCAUGGACCAACUGGACAGGCUGUUACCUGAGAGGACCGACAAAACGGUGUUCUAUCAAUAUGUUUAUAGAUGCUCUCCAUGUCCACAGACGGACGCCGGACUCCCGUUGGAGCAGAUGGAGGCCUUCCGGGGGAUGCCCCUCAUGAGCCACUGCUUCUCUCACAGCACCCCUAUUGGUCUUGACUGCCUUGGCUGGAGAAGAGGCAUAUUCUGUGAGUACCUGUGUUAUCUUCUGUGCGUUAGAGGCUAUUUUCAACUCGCUAUUGUAGAGGUUCUGCUGCAGAGCCGCUGA